AUGCAAGAAAAGUUUGAUUAUGUGGACAACGAGGAACGUGCCCCAACAAUUAGAGUUGACGAUGUUGGAUGUGUGCCGCAUAGCAAACGAGAAGCAUUGAUUCACAGGGUGGCGCGUCUGAAACUUUCGCAGAUUGCAGGAAAGUUGGGUUGCUCAGUGGUUAAGGCGCGAACUUGCGGACUAGAAAGUCCGUGGUUCGAACCCAACCUCGCCACCUCAACUGAUCCUGUCUAG